AUGGCGGCGAGGAAACUACAACAAGAAGUCGACAAGUGCUUCAAAAAGGUGGCGGAAGGCGUUGCCGAGUUCGAAGCCAUUUACGAAAAGAUUGAGCAGUCAAAUAACCCGGCCCAGAAGGAGAAGCUGGAAGACAACCUCAAGCGCGAAAUCAAGAAGUUGCAAAGACUGCGCGACCAGAUCAAAACAUGGGCCGCCAGCAACGACAUCAAGGACAAGGCUCCCUUAUUGGAGCACCGCAAACUGAUUGAGACUCAAAUGGAAAAGUUCAAGGCCGUGGAGAAGGCCAUGAAGACGAAAGCAUACUCCAAAGUGGGCCUCGAGGCUGCUGCGAAAUUAGAUCCCAAAGAACAGGCCAAAGUAGAGGCAUGCGAGUUUCUGAGCAACAUGGUUGAUGAGCUGGAGCUACAGAUCGAGACGUUAGAAGCCGAGAACGAAUCCAUACAAGCCACCCUGAAAAAGGGCAAGCAUAAGACCGCCCAAGAGAACCGCAUGGCCGAGAUCGACCAGAUAAUCGAGCGACAUAAGUGGCAUCAGGGCAAGCUGGAGCUGAUCCGAAGAACACUGGAGAACGGAGGCAUCGAUACCGAUCAGGUCAAUGGCUUGGAAGAGCAGAUUCGCUACUAUGUGUCCGACGGCAUGAACGAAGACUACAUGGACGACGAAGAAAUCUACGACGAGCUAGACCUGGAGGAAGAGGAAGGCGUCUUCGGCAUGAACCAGGACACGGAAAAGAACUCGUCUCAGGACACCCAGUCCAUACAAGACGACAUCCACGAUCUCGAACCGCCGCCUAAAGCGAAGAAGGUCGUCAAGGAUACCGACUCCGUGGCGUCGUCAACGCGGACGAAAUCUGUGCAGUCCAAGUCCCCCUUACCGGCUCUAGCGACGUUGCAUACGCCGUUAUCAACGAUAGGGAAUGGGGGGAGCGGUAGCCCUGCCAUGAAGCCUGCUUCCAUCCCCACAAGGCCGGCAGGGGAGGGGCUCAAGUAUGCAUCUGCCGCCGCCGCCGCCGCUGCCAGCGACAAGAACAACGUCGGCAUCGCUCCUCUGCCGCCGCCGCCUGGCUUCAACAUGGGCAUCUCGCCGCUGCCCCCCGCGCAGUCGAGGACAAGCGCAACAAACUCCCCCGCCGUCUCGUUCGUGCAGCCCGUUCAGGCACCGACGCCACAAUCCUCGGAACCCAAACAGCCUGCACCUGUGGCUGCGCCGGUACCUGCACCCGCACCCAAAUCCAAGGCGUCAGGGAAGCAGCCGGCUACCUCGGAGGCAUCACAGUCCGAGUCUUCAAAUGCCCCUCAUACCAACGGAUCCACCAACGGUGUCAAAUCUACUGCGGAAGAACGUGAAGAGGAGUCCAUCUACCACCUACCUGCAUCGUUACAAGAUCUCGUUGAUUCGUAUGAGACGGCACGAAAUCGACCGUACCAGCCUCUGUCGCAGUCAACGCUUAGUCUAAUGAAAUCGAGUCAGCUCAGCUAUCCAAGUGCUUUCGAAGCCGAUAUCCCACGGACGUAUCGCCCCGAUCUACCUGUGCCGCAAACUGGUUCUGGAUUCCCUACGCAGCCAUUGCCCAUAUUUGAUGACCCGCGGCUUUACUCGAGGAUUGAUCCAGAUACUCUGUUCUACGUUUUCUACUACAAGCAGGGAACAGCACAACAAUAUCUGGCUGCAAAAGCACUGAAAGACCAGAGCUGGCGGUUCCACAAGCAGUACCAAACAUGGUUCCAGCGACACGAAGAGCCCAAGAAUAUUACCGAAGAAUUUGAGCAGGGCACUUACCGGUUCUUUGAUUACGAGAGUACUUGGAUGAAUCGAAGGAAGGCUGACUUUAAGUUUGCUUACAAAUUUCUCGAGGAUGACAUUUAGGUAGUUGUUGGCUUUUAUGAUGGGACGCACGGGCUCGGCUGGGACUUUUAUGUUGUUUUCGCUCUUGUUUCCGUGGCUUUUCCAUGACAGUUUUUUUUUUUUCCUCUUCUUUUCUUUAUGGGAGUUCUAAGAGAGCAUCAUAGUAGCCGCGAGUAUGCGCUACCAAAGUUGGGUUUCUCAAACGGGAAUAACUAGUGCCAGAAUAAUCCAUAUGAGGCGGCCGUUUUCAUCCGCACAGGG